AGGCGCGCUAGUAGUCCCGGCGGGGAAGUGAGGGCCUUCCCCGCGUCGGGGGCCGAUCAAUAGCCGGCGAGCUGCCAUUUCACCUCGCAGCCACUCGCCAGUCCUUCCUCCAUCUUUCUUUCCUCCCCAGUCGUGCCAUCUUACAGUCACAUCAAGCCACCCUCCCCAUUCACUCAGCUGGAGGAAUCUCGCCAAACCGCCGAUGUCCCUGUCCACUUCCUGUCUAGUCCCCGCAGCGCUGAACGCUCAGGGCCCUCCGCCCCACAGCCUGCCAUGAGAAUCGGAAAGGGCUGUGAGCGCUGUCGACUUCGUCAUAUCCGGUGCACCACUCGCACGGGGGCCUCUGCCUGCAAUUCCUGUACCCGUCUGGGAAGGGCCUGUCGGUUGGAUCCGCCUUUCCGGUUCAAGGCCGUUGACCAUGUGUACCACAAAAGUAACGGCAUUGCGUCCAAGUUCGAACUAGCUUGGGAUCCUCGGCAGACAUGGGUGGAAUUCCCCCAAUGUUUAACGUUUGUGCAGGAACAGUCCGAUGAUUCGGAAGCGGACGCCACCGACGCCCAACCAGAUACGCAGGAUAAGCAGCAACACUCUUUCGGGGAGACCUCGCAAUAUAUUCCAGGCGAAUGCUCGCCGCUCCCACACUUGCCCUUUUCUGGACUUUUCCAUUCCCAUGAUGAAAACAUCCGACCUCUCCAGGAGACCCGUGACGUCCCCGUGGGGACCGUUGUUCCUGGCGGUCACGCAGUUGCCCCAUCUCCUUCGGUCUUAUCCCCUUCUUUUAUAAGUGGCGUGUCUCCUUUAGGAUCUGUCAGCGCUUGGGCGGAAUCGAGCCCACCGCUGAGCUCACUAAGUCCCCGUCCAAGCAGCGCGCUGCCCAUGACCUCUCGUGAGGCCCUUCUAUUACGACUAUUCGUACAAAAGAUUGCGCCAUGGGCCGACAUAUGCGAUCUUCGUUCCCAUUUCACCACGGAGAUCCCCCGCCGGGCCCUUCAAGUUCCUAUGGUCUUGAAGGCAGUCCUCUCUCUCGCAGCCCGACAUGAUGCUAUUAUGGCUGACGCCAGUGACUUGGAAGCUUCGGAGUACCACGGCCAAUGCUUGGAAUUGUUAAUUGCGGCCCUUGCGCUACCAGAUGAUACCUACGGCGACAACCUCCUCAUAACCGUGGUCAUCCUCCGCAUUUACGAAGAGCUCGAAUGUGCAACGGACGAGAAGUGUCACUGGGUCGGGUCGAAUCGACUCCUUAAUACAAUGUCCAAGUCCGCCUCGUCAGGCGGUCUGGCCGAAGCAGUCAGCUGGCAGUUCCUUCGCCAGGCUAUCUACGCAUCAAUGGUCCAGUAUCAGCCAAUGCAACUGGACUUGGGGAACUACGAGCGCUCUACGGUCUUCGCACGCCGGGACGAUGCUUCCUAUGCAAACGUCAUUAUCUUUCUUUGUGCAAGGAUCAUUCAGCUCUGUUGGAGAUCACACUGCAGUGCUGUAGAUGAGGGCGAUUGGCAGGAUCUAUCCGAUAGUGUGCAUCAGUGGCACCGUGGUAGGCCGAUCAGCUGGCAGCCACUUCAAUAUAAGGAUCCAAAGCCGACAGAGAAUAGGCCGUUUCCCGAGCUAUGGAUGAUGUCGCCACCGGCGGUCGUUGGUCUCCAAUACUACCAUACCGCGCAGAUCCUUCUUACAUCGGCGAACAACCACUGGUCUACAUUGAGUGACUACGAAUUAGCUAGGCAUAAGCGGAUAGAAGAGAAAACAAUAUCAUCGCACCUGGUUCACGUGAUCGGCCUUUCCAUGUCAAACGAAACGGUCGAAAAUGCAUACUUCAUGGGUUGCCAUUUAUUACACCGAUAUGGAUAUUGUUUGCGACACCCGUCCGAACAACAAGGUUCAUUAAACUUCCUGCAUCGAGUGGAGAAGGUGAUUGGAUGGCGUACAGCAUGGAUGGUUCGGGAGCUCCAGGCGCAGUGGAAGGAUCUGGCUGAAUUGGAUCGAUGGCGGAGUUCUGCCUAGGGGUCAAGCGGCCAACAUACUUUGGCUCUCCUUCAGCCCGGGGCCCUAAUUAUAUCAAACGCCGGCGUCGUUGAGGACGCACAAUGUUUU